GAUGUCUCUUCCAGCUGAAUUGCUGCUGAUCAUCUUUGAACGGCUCUACUAUCGCACAGACAAAUGGACUCGAGAACCAGACUAUCCAACAUUAGUCGCGUGCUCUCUGACACAACGGUCGUGGUAUCUCCCCGCGCAAAGACUGCUGUUCCGACACAUCCCAGCCAGUGUCCGCCCUGUCCGCCUAUUCGAUCACAUCCGCAUCCUCGAUAUGAUCCUCACUCCCGACUCCAUCCCCGACCUCGUGUUCCUGCUCGCCCACUGCCCGCGUCUGUACGAACUUGGUUUAUCUGUGCGAGGCGUGUUCACACUCCCGCCCUCCGUCGUUACCGCCAACAUCCGUGCUCUCCGCCUCGUCGAAUGCAGCGUCCAGUCCCCGAUCUUAUACGACCUCCUCGCACUGUUCCCUGGUGUCCGCUUCCUCAGCAUCGGCACCGAGAUCGUCGCCCCGCCCCCGCCCACUGCUUCUCCCGCCCCCCGCCUCUACGAGCUCGCCCUCAAACGAUCUUUAGGCACCGACAUCCUCACAUGGAUCCUCGCAAACUCUUCCGGAUCUCUCCGCAUCCUCGAGCUAAUGGACCUCCCCAGUGUGGGUAUGAGAGAUGUUCUCCUCCCACACGGACCAUCCAUCCACUCCCUCCGCAUCUUCCGCUUCUCCAACACCGCAGCCUCCAUCCUCCGCUACUGCGUCAACCUCAAAGAGUUUGUCCUGUCGAGCCUCCCUGUUAUGGGUCCACGUCUCGCUGACCUCCCCAAAUCCAUCGAGCACUUUAGCUUGACAAACUCCCAUGCCUCGACGACAGACUGGAAUCCAUUCGUGCUGCUCCUACCUCAGCUCCCUGCGUUGAAGACAUUUACCUGCGACAAGUCUUCCAAGUCUCAGCAUGGCUUUGGCGCCAUAAAAUUAAUAUGUAACAAUAGACAUAUUAACUUGUUGGCAGACGCAUCCAAUUGGUGGCCGAACGAAGAUCCCGUUCCCGUUCCUUCUUUCCCCCGUGGCCGCUCCCCAGACAACUUUCCACUCAUGAGUUAAUCACAAAACCCACCUCGGAUACUCGCUACCACCUUGCGACGUAUAUACUUACGCCUACAACCGACAAAAGGCUAUAUCCCUCGUGGACCAGGAGAGGAUGUCGACGAAGCGGGCCAUCACCUCUAUACAUACCAUCACGUCUUGAGAGAAUGCGACCUCCCUCCCUCCCAGCUUUCGUUACCCUGUUUCUGUGACUAGGCACGGAUCUGGGUCGAGUAUAUACUAAGAAUUGUAUCUCAAGACUGACAAUCCGAGGCCAGGGCCAUAAUCCGACUUUUGAAUGCGCUGGGCACUUUGGAUCUAUAAUCUAGCCUAUUCGCUACACCUAAGUAGAAGGGCUAUUUCUCGCACCCACGACUAAGCAAGAUGCGCGAUAAUCAUUGGUUAGUGGUA